GUUACCGAUACUAAAGUUACUACAAGUAGUUCCACCGUAACACAAUCAUAUGAUAAAAAAGGAGAAAAGAAACAUGAAGAAGAACAUGAGGGUAUUGUUAGUGGAGUAACAUCAACCAUCGGGUCAGCAACAUCAACAAUUGGAUCAACAUUUAGCGGAUUCUUUGGUAAACAUGACACUAAAAAAGUCGAAACCACACAAACCAUCAUCUCCAAACAAACCAGUGAAGGCUCAUUCCACAUUUCCGACACACUUUCCGAAAUUCUUGACAUUUCUUCCGAUACAAAAUCCCAAUCAUUCACAUCUACCAUUCAAACAUAUGCUGUCAGUGAACGUCUCAAGAAAACCACUACACAUUAUACUUGGUGGACAACUGCAAUUACCAUCA